AUGGAAAGAACUGCGUUAGGAGUUUGGCCUAGUUUUAACAUCCAAGAAGAUGUAGGUGAGCUCUUCACUUCAUCUGACCUAAAUUGCAUCAACUUGGAUUGCAUCACCUUAGAUUGCAUCAACUUGGAUUACAUCAACUUAGAUUGCAUCAACUUGGAUUGCAUCAACUUGGAUUGCAUCAUCUUAGAUUGCAUCAACUUGGAUUGCAUCAACUUGGAUUGCAUCACCUUAGAUUGCAUCAACUUGGAUUGCAUCAACUUGGAUUGCAUCACCUUAGAUUGCAUCACCUUAGAUUGCAUCAACUUGGAUUGCAUCAACUUGGAUUGCAUCACCUUAGAUUGCAUCAACUUGGAUUGCAUCACCUUAGAUUGCAUCAACUUGGAUUGCAUCAACUUGGAUUGCAUCAACUUGGAUUGCAUCACCUUAGAUUGCAUCAACUUGGAUUGCAUCAACUUGGAUUGCAUCACCUUAGAUUGCAUCAACUUGGAUUGCAUCAACUUGGAUUGCAUCAACUUGGAUUGCAUCACCUUAGAUUGCAUCAACUUGGAUUGCAUCACCUUAGAUUGCAUCACCUUAGAUUGCAUCAACUUGGAUUGCAUCAACUUGGAUUGCAUCAACUUGGAUUGCAUCACCUUAGAUAUCAUCCCCUCUAAUUCAUGA